CCCAUCCCCAUCGAAUCCCUGUAGACUCCCUGGCACCGGGAAAAUCAAGAUAAAUGAAGGGCAGGGCGUUGGGUGAAACACGUCCUUACAGGCAAUAAUGUGGGGAACCUCGAGGCCCCGAAAGGGGGAGUAAGAGUUGCUUGGAGCUCUGCAGGAGCAGACCAGAAUAUUCCAUCAAGUGUCUGCUGUGGCUACUGCAGGCAGUGGAGAUUGCGGUUACGAACGGAGUCGCCGGAAAGUCGUGGACAAUUGGUCAAACAGCUGAGUGACACUUUGAAGCCCGGGAAUCUGAAUCUGCGGAUCUGCUCUUGGCAGGAACCUAGAAGACAGGAUGUUGCUUCCGAUCUAAAGAGCUAGGCCCCCUUCCUUUUCCUCUUCUACAUAUCAUAUCUUCUUCCUUUUCUCAGUCUCUUCACUACUCAUUUUGUUUCCCAUUUUUUUAGUUUCUUUGGGGCAGCGGCGACAGCUGGGGACCGCGGGCGGGGGCAGCUCACGGAUCAGCCCCGCCCUCCCGCCUGCGACCAAUGGAAGACAGCCGAAUCCGGAGAGCAACCAAUAGGAGCCUGCCGGGCCGAGAUCCCAGCCAAUGGGAGCGCCCUCUAA